UUUUAAUUACGUGUUUUGAUUUUUAUACUCACCUUGAACAUGUAACGCGUUUAUUAUCUGUUUAGGAUAACAAAAUUUGGAGAUAUCGAUUCCUUACAUCAUCUCCAACUUGUAAUUGCUUGUCAGUCGUGGAAGUUACAUUUUCAGUUUGAUAAGUUCGUUCUUCUCAUCUAAUUUUAUUCUUUUGUUAUGAUCAGAUCGUAGUUUGGGUCUUUAGGGUCACUAACAGCAUUAACUUUCAUUUUCCGAAUACUCUAGGUUUAGAAGUUUUUAAUGCUGUAAUCUCUGUAAAAGUGUACAAUCUUGACAGUUACUGAAUUUAGUCAAAAGAGAAGCUUGUAUGCCAACCGGUGAAAAUGUAAACACUUUCCUCCGCUUGGCUUUUAGACCCUCUCACAAUGAAGGAAUUGUUCUUUACGACAGAGUCUGAUACAUACCUGCUUUUUGAGAUAUCUCUGAACUCUAGAUAACAUGCAAGUCUCGGGGACGUGUUAUAUUGCUCUCUCUAUGGUGGUCAUAUCAUCUAUUUUCAUCGCUAAUAUAUUGAGCAUAAUUGCUAUCUACUCCUUGGAGGAAUCAAGUGCUAGGAGUGUUGAAAAGCAACGAUUAAGUGCUCUGAAAAAUGAAAUUUCAAUGGGAGCUGGUAUGGAUCAUCUUCUGUGGUUCGUGCAGGUUACUGACAUCCAUUUGAGCAUUUUCCAUGAUGAGUCGCGCAUAUCAAAUUUUAAAGAGUUUUGUUCUGUCACCGUGAAGGCUAUUAAGCCCAAAGUAGUCAUUGCAUCGGGUGAUCUAACCGAUGCAAAAUCGUCUGAUAACAUGGGAUCAGGGCAAUAUGAACAGGAAUGGAUAAUUUACAGAGAUAUUCUCAAAGAAACUAAUGUCACAAAGAAUACUGUUUGGUUAGAUAUUCGUGGAAAUCAUGAUAACUUCAAUGUCCUGGAUUUGAACUCAAAAAAUAAUUUCUACCGCUCACACUCAGUACAAGGAAAAGAUCAUCAAAGGUCUUAUAUUUACCAGGUCCACGGCUCACAAGGUGAAGUAUAUUCUUUUAUUGGAUUGGAUGCUUGUAUCGAGCCUGGACCAAAGAGACCUUUCAAUUUUAUUGGUGUAUUGAAACAAGCUGACAUAGAAUUAUUGCAGCAAUUGAAGAAAAAAGCUGAUGUCGAUGAAAAACACUAUACCAUUUGGUUUGGCCACUACCCAACAUCCUGUAUAAUUUCUCCGUCUGAUUUUAAGCUGCGAGAAUUCAUCGGAGAUGACCCUGCAUCUUUAGCUUUUCUGUGUGGUCAUUUACACAAUAUGGGUGGAGCUGUUCACAAUAUGUAUGCUUUGCAAAAGACGGGUUUCCUAGAGCUUGAAUUGAUUGACUGGAAGGAGAAUCGGAUGUUCCGUGUAGCUGCAAUUGAUCAUGGAUUUCUCUCAUUCACGGAUGUGCAUUUAAGUCAGUGGCCAGUUAUCUUAGUCACCAAUCCCAAAAAUGUCAACUACAUGAUUGGAAAUAAAGAGCCCAUAGAAGUCUUGCGGAAUUCAUCGCAUGUCCGGAUUUUGGUUUUUUCAGAAAGUGAUGUAAAAGAGGUUAAAAUGAAAUUUGACAGUGCUUCGAAAUGGACAAUGUGUGAUCAUGUUGAAGGUCCUUUGUACGUUGCAGAAUGGAAUCCCAAUGAUUUCAGCAGUGGUCUUCAUGAUAUACAUGUGCAUGCAAUUGACUCAAAGGGUAGAGAUCAGUCAGUGUCCCAGUCAUUUGCUCUCGACAAGCCUCGAAAUAAGUUUGGAUUUUUUGCUCGGCUCUUGCUCAUGGCAAAUUUCUCAUCAGCAUUUCAAGUGAUGUUUGGCAUUAUGAUCGUCAGUAGUAUCAUACCUCUCUGUCUGGUGCGGUUUAUAGACCACAAAAUCAAAAAUGGUAACAUGAAGAAACCAAUCGUUGGUGUUGUAUUUUUCAAAAACUGGAUCAGAAGACUGUGGCUAUUGGGAAAUAUUGAUCAGUUCUUUUUCCCUCUCAUAUUUUAUCCCCUUUUCCUUGCUUUCGGCCCGUGGUGUGUUGGUGAAAUUGUGGAAGGGCAUAUUGGAGUUAUCUUUGCCUGGGGCAUUCUAGUCAAUCAUACAUAUCUACCAGGAGGUUUCACGUAUGCUUAUGGCUUCAAUCAGCUCUUCAUGUUCCACGUUCCAAUGACGGUGAUCAUAGGUUAUUCUUUGGAUACUAGACUGAAUCCACCAACAAGAGCUAGGAGAAACUUAUUGUCUCGCACCUUUCAUUUAAUAUUUAACCGACAUACGCUGUUCUUCUUACUUCUUCUUCUGCAAACAUCAUUAGCGUAUUCUUUUUCUCUCGCUUAUGGUUACUUGGCGCUUUUCUUGAAUCCAUUAAGGACGUGGCCUAUUUUUUUGGCUCUUUGGCUGUGGACAAGAACUGUUUUUCUCUCGGAUAGAGUUAUAAGAAAUGCUGCUGCUGUUUGGCUGACUAGUUAAUUAUUUUAUAGUGAAAACGAAACGUUUGAUGGCUGUGAGUAAAACUAAAGGACUACCAAAAGGCUUGAACUUGUAAAUGUAUAGGUGUAAUUUUAUCAAUUUAUUUUUCAUCUUUAGAUUUUAUUAAAUCUGUACAGAAUGAAUCAAUCCAUGUCAGGCUUUGUCUGAUGCAGUUUUUUGGUAAAUUUGUAAUUCAUCUUUGAUUCAAGAAAACAGAGUAAAAAUCCCGUCAUUUUCCCAUCUUUACUUUGAAUUGCAAGGAAAUAUAUUUGAGGAAUAUAUCUGUGAUGCUGAUUUGCAACCCCGUGAAAAGCAAAAUUAAAAUUUGGAAGCAUUACUGUGGCAACAUCUAAUGUGGAUUGGUUCAGUCUCCAAGAACUUGUUUUCUCAUUGUUCUGUUACUCUUAACACAAUGGCUGUGCCAAACGUUUUUUCUUGACCUUCGUUUGCAGGAAUAAGUGAAAUAUGACUGGAUCUGUGAAGAGAUAUCUCAUCUUUCGGGCGAAAAUUUUCCCCAAGAGACCUUAUCUCUUAAGAGGAAAUUUUCCCCAACCGUAAUCAAAAUUUCAAACCACAUUUUCUUGCAACCUAAAAAUUUUUGUCUUGAAACUCAGGACUCUUAUCAACAGUAAAACUCCCGAACGGAGUAUCAUGGUUUACGAUAUUGCACCUCCGACAUUGGUUUACUUCCUGUCCUAAAUUAUUUUUAACAUGGAAAACCACACAGCAUCAAUCCUUAAAAACUGCCAUGAAACUCUGAAGGAAAAAGUUCUGUGAAAACUUGAAGGAAUGAUGUUGAUUUUUUCUUUUAAAAAAAUAGAAUAGGAGCAUUGAUUUUUAAACACUGCAAAUGAGGUACAUGUUUGGGGAGUUUUACCCUUCGAUAACUCCUUCAAUUUUUGAGCUUUCAAGAUCAAACUUGCACCAAAAUUUCUAGUUUCUCUCCCUUUGUGCAUUUGAGAAAAGUUAAGAAAAAUCUGCUCCUAGAAGAUGAGACCCCUAUUUACAGAUUCGGUCAAAGAUAAAGUAGCCAUACUUGUUCGUCAUGGCUCUAGAGUGACCUAUUAUCCAUCAAAAACCUUAGUAAUUUAAACCUAGGUCAGUAAGAAAACUUUGGGACACCCGAUAUGUCACACUUUAACCACUUAAGUUUUAGAUAGAUCCCAGACUUAAGUUGAAUUUUGAGCUUGACCCACACGUUGAUGCACAAAACUGUUAGUUAAUAAUACCUCUGCUUGUUUUUAAAUAUGUAUACAAUAGUUGUAGGUUGCUUGUACGAGGAAAACUUAUGAUCUUAAAAGAGACUUACCAUUAAUUAAGAAUGAACUGUAAAGCGGGUCAAAAGUCAUUUUUAAUCUCUAUUUUCAUCCUGGUAAUGAUAAAAAACGGUAAAUGAGAGUCACUCUUUUUGUAAUUUGGGUUAUAUAAAUUGAGGAUUAUUUGACCCAUCGACGAUCACUUUUUUUUCUUGUGAUUUUGGCCUUACGAGUUUGUUCAUAUCUUGAGUAAUGUAAGGAUUUGCACCAAAAAUUUACAAAAAAAAAUUUCUCCCAUGAAAUUGUAAUAUCUUAUCAUCAGCACUGCGCUAUGCUAGCUAUCAGCAGCACAAUUUUACUGCCGUUUGUCGAUAGGUCAGCAAAACUCACAUUACAUUCAAUUAUUAUGAUAGGCAUCGCACUUAAUUUCUUAAGGCUUGCAUUGACUGCUUGGAUGUGAUCAUCUCUGAAUUGUGACAAACGUUCCAUAUAAAUUAAGGAUCAACUAAUUCCGUGGUUGCAUUUUGUGAUAAUAUCUAGUCUCAGUGCUAGGUUUGUGAGGUUGUGAAUAUCAACUCACACAAUGGGAAGGCAUAUGCUUAGUGAUGAUGAUGGAUCAUUAUUUUUUCUCAUCUAAGAACUUGUUAAAAAUAUUGAAACUCGACUCACCAUUCUUCUGAAUGAAUCUAUUAAUAUAGUUGUCACCUGGCUUAUUGUGAUAGGGAAAUUUCUAAUCAUUAGUUUUUAAUAUAAUCCUACAAGACACAUUCAAUUAAUUUUAAGUGUAUCUUGAGAGAAAUCUGCUCCGCAGACAAGAUUUAGAUUUGUUACAGUCUUAUCUUGAUGUAUAAUAAUUAAGUUCAUAGUAGGUGAGAUUGUAAUGUUGACAAAAUAGGAUGUAUUUGUAGUAUUUCCAAUCUUACUGGCUGAUAUUUUAAUUAAAAUGAAGAUUUGCUCUGAACAUGAACUGAGCAUGCCUAUUUCCGAAA